UUCGCUUCGAUCAUCGUUUUUUUUUUCAUGCCGUUUCAUCUUCGACUCUGCUACAUCUUUGAUAUAUUUACGUAAGUCGUCGAAUGCCACUCUUGUUUUCCGACUCAGUUCCGUCAGUUUACAGUCAUCUGCAUGACAUUUUUUCACUCCGUCUGUUUACAACGUAAUGUCCUGCGGGGCCAGACGUCAUGACGUCACUCCGGCUCUAGCCAAUCAGAGCGCGGGACGGCUUAAAGCGGUGGGUAAAAGGGAUUUGACAGUUGAGUCCGCUCCGCCACUUCACUUCCUCAGCGGGACCGCGACCAUGGCGGCGGCGGCGGCUGCCUGCGGUCAGCCCGGGGCUGCCACAGCAGCCGGGGGCAGCAAGAAACCGCCUCCCAGCAGGGAGCACAGCCGGAGACACCGGGAGAACUCGCGCCGGAGGCAGGCGGCGCUCCUGUUCCUCAGUAACAUCUCUCUGGACGGCCGCCCGGUCCUCGGUCAGUCGGCGGCCAGCGACGCGGGUCGGCUCCACAAAGAGAGCGAAGGCGGCUCGGCCAGGCUGCUUCCGGAGGCCGGCGGCAAGUACGGCACAUUCUCCAGUGUUUCCGCGUCUCCGAGCGAUGCGGACGUGACUCCGGCGCCGAGGACCGGGCUCCUCACCGUCCCCUCCAUCCUCGUCCUGCCCUCUGACGCCGGCUGCGGUGACGGGAGCGCGGAGCUGCUGGUGGAGUGUCGCCGGAGCUCCGCUCCCUCCGCGGGGAACAGCAACCUGCUCUCGGCGUCGACGUCCAACGCCAGCCUGUUGCCGUCUCCGCUGGGACCGCGGAAGUCGUCCACGCUGCUGUCAGUGCAGAGCUGCAACUCGGUGACCUCGGAGCCGCGGCAGAGGAGCCGUAACCUCUCCGGGGGCUCACCCAAACCCCGGCACGCAAAGAAGAUCCACUUCAUCAAGAACAUGAAGCAGUACGACACCAGGGGGAGCCGGAUUGUGCUGAUCUGUGCCAAGAGAUCUCUGUGUGCUGCCUUCUCUGUGCUGCCGUACGGAGAAAGCUUUUAUCUCAGUGACCCCACGUUGAACCACCCCAGGAGGCGACACUCCUCCGGGAACAUCUCCGCCACCUUGGAGAUGCUGCCGGGCCUGGAGGGCUUCCAUCUUGACACCUAUGGGAGGUCGGUGUCGUACGCCCAGUUCCUGUAUCCCACCAACGCCCUGGUGAGGCAGAAGCCGUCCUCCACCAGCGACCUCACCCUGCAGAUCCCUGCGUCCAGAAGCACACACAGCAUGCCGGGCCGCAGCUUCCCGCCCAGCAGGCUGAGCAGCAGCGUGGGCCUGGACCUGGCUCUGGAGGAUGUGACCGACUACGACCCAAACCUCCUCAGUGACCCCCAGUGGCCGUGUGGGAAACACAAGCGUGUGCUGAUCUUUGCUUCUUACAUGACCACAGUGAUCGAGUACGUGAAGCCGUCCGACCUCAAGAAAGACAUGAACGAGACCUUCAAGGAGAAGUUCCCGCACAUCAAGCUCACGCUCAGCAAGAUCCGCAGCCUGAAGCGAGAGAUGCGGCUGGUGGGGGAGGAGUGCGGCUUGCAGCCCGCCACCAUCGCCAUGGCCUUUGUCUACUUUGAGAAGCUGGUGCUGCAGGGGCGACUCAACAAACAGAACAGGAAGCUGGUGUCGGCUGCCUGCAUCCUAUUGGCUGCCAAGAUCAGCAGCGAUCUGAAGAAGCAGGAAGUCAAGCACCUCAUUGACAAGCUGGAGGAGAGGUUUCGGAUCAGCAGGAGGGAGCUGAUCACCUUCGAGUUCACCAUCCUGGUCGCCCUGGAGAUGGCGCUCUACCUCCCGGAGAGCAAGGUCAUGCCACAUUACAGGAGACUGGUGCAGCAGGCCUAGCUCCUGCGUCCUGCGUCCUGCUCCUGCUGUUGCUGACUGACACAGAGAGGCGCUGCCUUGCUCCGAGGCAGUCCUUCCUCUGCACACACCAAAGUGAGGAGCACUGGGAGGUCUCCACUGGGAGCAUUCUGACACGUUUCCCUCCCCAAAACUUGUGAUGGCGACGCUGAGGAGCAACUGUGGACGAGCCAAAGCACAACCAGUCAUGUGGUGAGUCAUGUGAUGUCCUGUUUUAUGAUGGCUCCAAAAUGACAACAACAGAAAAACAUGACUGAAUGAAAUGAAUAUAUAAUAUCAUGACCAUGAAAAUCGCAAUAAUUUAUCCAAAAUCGGAGAAAAAUACUUGUAGCUCUUUCAAAAUACAAUCAUUGUUGCACUUUGCCUUUUUGCCUCAACAAAAAAAAAAAAGCGUUAUUUUUAUAAUAUGUAUUUUACUAGAGCUUUUGUAUUAUUCAAUCCAUCGACUCGCUGCACUCGAGUGUCCUAUUGGAUCCAGAAAUAUUGAGUGUGUUAAAGCCACAUAUGUGAGAGGAGAGUUAAACGGCCAUGACUCCAGUCGGAGGUUGUGACCGGUCACUUCUAUGUUCCGAUUCUAGAGGAGUGACCCAGAAUAGUGAGGAGGCGUGGAACUGCAUGGCCGAUGACAGACUGACUCAGACUUGACUCCCCUCAGGAGUAAGUGGCUUCUCUAUGUUAGAGAUUUUCUCCUCCAGAGUCUACGCAGCCGUUUCUCUCUCGCUGCUCAUGUGACCUUCUGUUUGUUCCUUCAGUCUUCUGUGCAUUUCAGAUGUUAUUUAUUCUAUUUUAUUGACAAAGAGAAAGAGAUCUCUUGGAGCAAAUGUUUAUUUUCAAGAUCCCGCCGACUGUUUUGUACGAUGUGUUCUGCUCCAAUGUAACAGCUGAGAACUGCUGUGACCUUUUGAAAUAAAAACCUCACCACUGUG